AUGCGCUUCGGGAAGACGCUUCGGUUGGCCGUGUACGCGCCGUGGAAGGACAAGUACAUCGACUACGCGAAACUCAAGUCGCUGCUGCGGGAAGAUAAGUACGACGACGAAGAUGUUGCGUGGACCGAGGAGGACGAGAAUCGCUUCUGCGACGAGAUCUUCAACGGCCAACUCGAGAAGGUCGCCGCGUUUCAGGAGAAGACCUUUAAAGCCUUGAAAGACCGCAUCGAAGCCGCGUUCGAGAAGCUCAAGGAAUUGGCCCCGCCGAUCAGUGAGGAGGAUGAGGGGGCGGACAACGACCAGAUCAAGAAGCCCGACGCCGCGACGGCGCAGAAGCUGAAGGAUAUUGAGACGGAGCUCGAUAAGAUCACGACCGAAAUCUCGGAGCUGAAGAAGUACAGCAACAUCAACUAUACUGGUUUCCUCAAGAUCGUCAAGAAGCAUGACCGCAAGAGGGGCGAUAGGUACAAGGUGCGACCGAUGAUGCAGCUGAGCCUGGCGAAACGGCCCUUCAACUCGGAGCAGGGGUACUCUCCCUUGCUCAACAAGCUGUCCAUCAUGUACUAUGCCAUUCGGCAGCAGUUGGACGAGGGCGCCGGCGAUGCGCAGCCGCUGGAUCUCGAGAGUCAAGGAGAGACGCGGCACGGAGAGCGAUACACUGCCCACAAGUUCUGGGUCCACCCGGAUAACCUGCUGGAGGUCAAGACGUAUAUCAUGAGACGUCUGCCGGCCCUUGUCUACAGCGAGCAGUCAGCCAAGGAGCUGGAUGGAAGCAACGACCCGACCAUCACCUCUCUGUACUUUGAUAACUCAAAGUUCGAUUUGUACGGGAAGAAGGUGGAGCGCAAGGCGGAGGCGUCUUCGCUGCGCGUGCGUUGGUACGGCCAGUUGAGUGCGAAGCCUGAGCUGUUCCUCGAACAGAAGAUUGUUGGAGAGCAAGGAUCUAGCGAGGAGCGUAAAUUUCCCAUCAAGGACAAGUACAUGAAGCCCUUCAUCGACGGCACCUACAAGAUGGAGAAGACGGUGGAGAAGAUGGAGCGCCAGGGCCAGCAGGCCGAGGUGGUUGAGAACUUCAAGAGCACCGUCGAGACCCUCCAGGGUUUCAUGCAGGAGAACAAGCUACAGCCCGUCUUGCGCGCAAACUACGUUCGUACAGCUUUCCAGAAGCCCGCGGACGACCGCGUGCGCAUCUCCAUCGACACAGAGGUGGCCUUCAUCCGCGAGGACACGCUGGAUAGAGACAGACCGUGCCGCGACCCGGCAGAAUGGCACCGUCUCGAUAUUGACGGCCGGAACCUGACAUACCCGUUCAAGGAUAUCAACCAGAGCGAGGUCUCCCGUUUCCCCUACGCCAUAUUGGAGAUUAAGCUGAGAGAGGACCCCAACCGCAAGCGCCCUGCGUGGAUCACGGAUCUGAUGGCAUCCCACUUGGUACACCCUACGCCCCGCUUCUCCAAGUUUGUCCACGGCAUCGCCUCCUUGUUCGAGGACUUUGUCAACAACCUGCCCUUCUGGUUGAGCGACCUGGAGGCAGACAUCCGCAAGGACCCGCAGGUGGCUUUUGAGGCUGAGGAGCAGCGCAAGGCCCAGAGAGCCGAGGACGAACAGGCCGUCGGCAGUUUUUUGGGCAAUAAGGUGAGCUCGUAUAAGAUAUCCAAGAGCUCGCCGGCCGGCCAGUCGUACCUGGCCAACAGGAUGGCCGCCGAGAGCUCGCGUUCCCAGCCGAGACCCGUCAACGACGAGUCCCAGCAGUCGUCGAGCGGCCAGAACGGCGAGGGCUCCAACGGCCAGAGGAGCUACGGAACGCUGUCGUCCGUGCUCCCCGGCUUCUCUCUGUCCAAGUACUCGCAGGCGCGGAGGGCACAGAAGAACCAGCAACAGCUGCCCGAGGGCGUCGUCGAGCCGACCGAGUGGAUCAAGAACUCGGGCGAGCUCAAGAUUGAGCCCAAGGUGUGGCUGGCCAACGAGCGCACGUUCCUCAAGUGGCAGCACAUUUGCAUCUUGCUCGGCGCGCUCGCGGUAUCGCUGUACACGGCCGCCGGGGAGAACUUCCUGGCCGAGGUCAUGGGCGUCGUGUAUAUUUGCAUUGCCGUGUUCGCGGGUGUCUGGGGCUACGGUAUGAUGAGGCUGCGGAGGAAGAUGAUCAUCGGCCGUAGCGGCAAGGAUUUCGAUAACCUUGUUGGGCCGUUGAUUAUCAGCAUCGCGUUGAUGGCUGCGCUGGUGAUCAACUUUGUGCUUGCCUUCCGCGGCGCUCUUGAGAGGAUGGAGGCAGCCAAGGAGGUACUCAACAGUGGUAAUGCCACUGGCGAGCCUAUCCGACAGGAGCUCAUCUAA